AUGAGGAGUUGAGCGCAACAGAGGGAGGCAGUCAACCGCGCGCAACGAGCCACCAGUGCAUCUGCUGUUGGUGCGCUUGCAGUCACACACUACAAGCUUUCCAUCUUUAACGUGAGCUUUAUAGAUUGAAAUUAAAUGAGUAUGAAAUAACAAAACUGGUUUAAAAAAAUACUCAGCGAAAAGGGGGAGUUUUUCUCCAGGUGCGAUGGUUCCGCUUUCCCUCCGUUUUUUCUACGAACGUUUUUCUUCCUUCAUAUCUGCUCGCCCAUCAGUGGAAUGAUCUGGCUUUUAUCUUGUGUCGUUUCCACUUCAGCAUGGGAACUGCCGGGUCCAAAAGGAAGACUUUAAGGACCGAUGCAAUUUCUUCUGUGGCCGCAAAAGUUAGAGCAGCCAGAGCUUUCGGAGAUUACCUGUCUCACACACACCCUGAGAACCGCAACGGAUCAGAUCAGCUUCUAUCUAAUACCUUCAUUGGCCAAGACAAAGACUCCCCUGACAUCAGUCAUCUUCACAACAACAACCUACACCCUCAGAGCCACUGUGGGGCCAAGGCCAGCCAGGACCAGUCCCAGGCCCACAGUCUUCAGUCCCAGCUCAGCACACUGCAUCCCCAUCACAGCAGUCUCCAGCCCAGCACCCUGCAGCCAAGCAGUCUGCAGUCCACAGGCCCCUCCAAGCACAGGCUCUCAGCAGAACGAAGUUUCUCCUCCGAGGAGCAGCAGCCACCUCCCAGGUCCUCUGAGGGGAGCCUGACCAGCUUGAAGCCAGCUGCCCAGCGGGUCUACACCAUCACCAGGGAGGGAGGCAUGCUUGGGGGGCGAGGCAGCGAGGAGAGUCUGGAGCUGGAGGUGCUGAAGCAGCCUCUGUCCCCUCCUCCCUCCGCCAACCAGCCCUCCUUUUCCAACCAACAACCACCAGGAAGCAAACACCCCCGCGGCAACCAUAGUCAUGGCCCACAGGGCCACAGGCCCAAGUCCCAGCCCCUGCAGAGCUCAGGGAGUGCCCAUAACAUCCGGGACUGGGUGGUGAGGAGGGGGGGCUCGCGGGAGGACUGCACCCCAGACUGUGUCACCUGCAUCAGGGCCCCAUGUCCGAGCCAGCGCUCCCUGGAUCUGGAGACGUCUCCGCGAGACGGAGGAAAACAGAGGAAGAAGCUAGAGAGGAUGUACAGCCAAGACCAAGGCAGAGACAGACGAGGCUCUGCUGAGGAGAGAGAGGACAACCCUAAUAGCUGGUUCCCCAAAGAGAACAUGUUCAGCUUCCAGACGGCUACCACAACAAUGCAGGCAAUAUCGGCAUUCCGGGGCAUUGCUGAGAGAAAGAGGAGGAAAAGGGAACAAGAGGCAACCGCUCCAGUAACCGAGACUGAGAGAAACUUCCGGAAGCACCUGAGAAUGGUGGGCAGCCGCAGAAUGAAGGCUCAGAGUGAGUUCCCCACAUAUGCUGACCGCCGAGCCAAGAGUUUUAACCGCUCCUGGAGUGACCCCAUCCCCAUGAAGCCUGACUCUCUCCAUGGCUCUAGAGACAGUGGGGACUUGCAGUCCUCCUCAGGGGCUCUAGAUGAAGGAUCCCAGGAGGAUGCAGACUGGGAGGAGGAGAGAGAGAUGGAGAGAGCAGCCUGUGAGGGAGAGGACUUCAUCCCACCCAAAAUCAUGCUGAUAUCUUCCAAGGUCCCGAAGGCUGAAUAUGUUCCUAACAUCAUCCGUAGGGAUGAUCCCUCCGUCAUCCCCAUCCUUUAUGAUCAUGAACAUGCCACAUUCGAUGACAUCAUUGAGGAGAUAGAGAAGAAGCUGACGGCCUAUAGGAAAGGCUGUAAGAUCUGGAACAUGCUCAUCUUCUGUCAGGGAGGUCCGGGGCAUCUGUACCUGCUCAAGAACAAAGUGGCCACAUUUGCCAAAGUGGAGAAGGAGGAGGAUAUGAUCCAGUUUUGGAAGAAGUUGAGUCAGUUUAUGAGCAAGCUGAAUCCUGAGCCCAACCUCAUUCAUAUAAUGGGCUGCUAUGUUCUGGGGAGCGCCAAUGGAGAAAAGCUAAUCCACAAUCUGAAGAGGCUAAUGAGACCUCAUGCCAUCGAAUUCAAAUCCCCGCUAGAGCUGUCUGCACAGGGCAAGGAGAUGAUCGAGAUGUACUUUGACUUCCGUCUAUUCCGCCUGUGGAAAACCCGCCAGCACGCCAAGAUGCUCGAAUAUGAUGACCUUUUGUGACACUGCUCACCUCUGACCUUUGUCAGCCUAUUGGCUGUGUAUCUCAUCACCGAUAGCCUAUGGUGACGGCUUUCCUUGAGAGGUCCUGGACGGGAGCGCUCUGUUGAAGAGGUGGACGACAGGCUUCAGGUAGUUUUGCUCACUGAGGAGGCUUCAAUCCCCUGCUCUCAGACCAAGUGCAGUAGCAAUUACUGUCAAGAGGUGAACUGUAUAUUUCCCCCCAUCCAUUUUCACUGUCUCAACCAAAUGCCUCUACUGACAGAGAACCCGUGAGGGAGAGAAGGUAAAAGAGAGAAGUGAGAGAUCAUCCUUUAGCCUCUGUGUCAAGAGACACAAAAUAGAGCUAGGUUUGGAGCUCGGGAGCCAAGCAAGUCUUCUUUAAAUUAGUCAUAGAGAGAGAUGCAGCAGCUGCAGGGAAGAGAGAGACUGUGAAAGGGAGAAGAGAUUGUGAAAGAUUUUCUCCCUUACCUACAUGUCUGUUGUGUGAACUAGGACGUACAUGGAUGAAAGCUUUUUUUUCCAGAAAAGUACGUAGAUCUCCCUUAGGAUGGAAAUGUAUUUAUAAAGUGUAUUGGUUGUUUUCAGAGCUUUAGAGAAUAGAUUUCCAAUAUCUAUACAUCUACCACAAAUAGAAGAGAGAGUAUACCAAUAAUUCAAAGUAUCUAUACAUAAUACAGCUUUUAUUUCUAACUACCUGUAUUGGUAUUUCUUAUGGACUGUUUGAAUUGAAUAACUCAGGGUUACUGCUAUCCCUCGUUUAUUACUUGGCAGCGGUUGUCACUUCACCAUCAGGACAGAAUAGUACGGAGAUGUCUGUCGGCUACAUCCGAUCCUCUCCACCCAGCCUCUAUAUCAACACAUAGAAUCUGAGAUUUUACAGUAGUUGUCAGGGAAACCAUUUAUGUCUGACCGUGCACAUGUUUGUGUUGGAAUGAGGGAGGUUGUUUUAUAGAUACGAUUUUUCAUAGACUAGGUCAAUUGUAGCUCAAGGGCUCAAUUUAAUCCGUAUCGCGCUAUAGCGCGAUUGAAAUUUAAAGGCAAUGUUCCCGGGUUCGCAGAGACUGCAUUCACGGCACACGCUGCAUAUGUCAUCUCAAUCGGAAAUUACCUUUUCCAUAGCGCUGAACUUCAGCGAUACGGAUUGAAUCGAGCCAUAAUACUCAUUACGCAUUCAUUAGUGACACUGAACUACGGACACAGGCUUUUCUUUCUUGUAGUUCACACCCAGGGACUGAUACCCUUAUGCUGUGACCCUUCUGUCUUACUCUGCAUUACAUUGUUAACUAAACAUAACUGUUAUCAUGAGGUUUAUGGAAAGUGGACAAGACCUAGCCUAGAUGACUUGUGUCACACUGAUUUUGGGAAAGGUUAUUAUCUUUAUAUCUACAGUAUAUUUACUCAUAUUUAACUUGUAUUGCUGCUUCAUUUACUCUCUGUCCUGUAUGUGUUUUACUUCAUGCUUGUAUGAUGUACUCCCGAGGCGCAAUAGCACAAACCAAAAUGACUGGAAUCAUAUCUACAGAUGUAGUAUCUUCCUUUGAUCACCCUGUUACAGGAAAUUGAAAACUUGUAAUGUAUUUGAGGUUUAAAAAGGCUUCAUAAAUCUGUCAUUUCCACAUUGAAAAUUCAGCCUUUAUUUUCCCUCACAAAAAAAUGUAUCAACCCCUACAAAAAUGUCCAUUAAUUAUAAUCCACAUAAUAUUUAAAAUGUCCUGUUGCUGUAGGAUGUAUUUCCUGCUGUAGCAAACUUGCUCAAAUGAAUCCUACAUCUGUAAUACACUGCUCCUUUCCUGUGAAAACACCACUUUUGUUUUGAUCAGAUACACAAAUUGGAUAGUGAUAUCUCCUUCUCCUUCCUACCUGAAAACUUUGACUGUGUCCCAAAUGGCACCCUAUUCUGAUAUCAAACCAGCCUCUUAAUAUUAUUGUCAUCCACUUCCUGUGUAUUGUGCUAUUGGGUCUUAACUAAUGGGCUUCCUGUCCAGCCUUUGAUACCAAUCAGCAGUGAUACAGUACAUGUCAUAUACACACAUAGGGCAGUUCUGUGGAGCCUGUAAUGAUUACUUUCCAACCUUUGCUUGUGCUCAGGUGGCAGAAUAAUACAAUUUAAGGAAGAUUUUCAAAUUUCCUCGUUAAACUGUUCCACCAGAGCAAAUAAGCUAAUGUGUUUGCUGCUCCUCUUGAGGGUGUGUGAGUGUGGGUGUGUGUGUGUCUGUGUGUGCAUGCAUGCUAACGUGUGAGUGUGUGUUUCUCAGAAACAUAGCGGGUUGUGGCACUGAGCUGUGGAUCUGUGUGGACAUGCUGAAUACAGAGAGAGAGAAAAGAGAGAGGCCCUUUUCUUUAUAUUCCUUGACCACUUUUGCUUGUAUUCAUUAAUGAUGGUACAUAGUGUACACUUCUAAUAAUUCUCUGUUCACCUUCCUAGAAUGAGGGAUGCACACCAUGUAUUUUACUCUCUUGUGAAGUCAUUUUAACAUGGGUUAUUGUAUAUCUACUCACUUCUCUGUUUGAUGUGUACCUUUACAAAACUGUUAAUUUGUGUUGUGUGACACACCAAGGAUACAACCCCUAUAUCCUGUAGCAAAAUACUUUUUAACAUUUCCUAUACUGUCAUUAGAAAAUGUGUUUUGUGUUGUUUUGGUCCCAACUGGACACUGUCCCUAAGGCACAGCAAUCUCCAACAUUACUCACUUUGAUAUUGAAUUAGAGAGAGAGAGAGAGAGAGAGAGAGAGAGAGAGAUAGAGAGGCAGUGACAUACAGCGUAGCAUUACCUUACAUACAUUUGAUAUGUGAGGUACAGUGCUAUAGAUGAUGAGGUUGUGUGUAUCUUGCUCCACAGACAGUAGCCUACUGUGUGUGGUCUUAGACACCCUACAGUAGCUGGCCUUCCCCUUCCUCCUCUCCUCAGUCUUCACUGGUACCUGUCUUUAAGGCAAACCCAGGGAGAGAUUAGGUUUAAGAAUUACCAAUACAUUAAUUGUAACUGUAUCAAAAGACAUCCAAUGGGCAAUAUUUUAUGCCUCUGUUUUAACACAAAUAGGAUUGUAAUGGGAAAUGGAAAUAUAGUUAAUUGAGUACAAUGAAUGAAUUGAGAACAUUGAAGUACAGUAAAUGAAAUCCUUUUUAAUGAAUCAUUGACGUAUGGUUAUGCUUUAAGAUAUGGUUUAUAUAUAAUAUGUGGGAUGUGUCCCAAAUGGUAUAUGGACUCCAGGAAGCUAAGAAGAGUACUUUACUGUACGAAGGCUAUCGCAAUCUCUUUUGUGAGUUGGCACACUAGAAGUGAUUUGUGAUGGUAGUUAAGAUGUCAUGCAUGGAUAGAUAUUAGAACUUUACAAUUGCGACAAAAGACACAUGAAUGAGAAGUUUUGUCUUAUUAAUCAGAUGAGAGCUAGUGGCUGUGUCCCAAAUGGCAACCUAAUCCCUAUUUAGUGCACUACUUUUGACCAGAGCCCAUAGGGCUAUACACUGUAAUGUAUUAUACUGGAGCCAAACCCAGCAACGCGUGCACUGACUGCUCAUCGUGGUUUGACUUCUCAUCCUGGCCAAUGAAAUGGCCAUUUCCAUUUCUCCAAGGAGCAAUAUCAUUACACAAAUCAAGACAUCCAUCUUCAACGCCUCACAAGUUCUAUUAAUACAAAAUGAAACCUUCUGUCAUCUCCAAUAAGAAAUAAGACAUAUCCAUGAAUUACAUUCUAUUUUUAAUUGAUGAGUUUAUCCCACAUUGAUUCUGCUGCCACUUUAUUCAGAGAGAUUAUAUGCAUCCCAAAUAGCACAACGUUCCCUAUAUAGUACAUUACUUUGACCAGUGCCCUAUGGGGAAAAGAGUGUGAUUUGGGACUCAGCCGUUGCUUGGUUCUCUGCUCUGUGUUGGGAAGCUGUUUGAGUUUUGAUGAUUGAUUGAUGCAGCUCUGAUUGCUCUGAUGUCUCAUGUUGGGAAGUGAUUGUAUUUUGGGACGGGGGGGGGGGGGCGCACAACACUCUCGUAUUGUCUGUCUUACUUAACUUUCUUUACAUGUAGGGGCCGGUGCGUUGCAUUUUCAGUAGAUCUGUGUAGCAUCCUACAAGUCAAAGAGAGAUCUUAGCAGUGAUAACUAUUACUACUGUAAAUCUUUAGUCAGGUUGAAUCUCCAAAUGUCUUGAUAAAAGUAUUGUUUAAAAUGAUAAUUAUCAUAGUGAUAAUGAUUGAUGUCUCUGGUGAAUUUGAUACUAGGAUACUAAAGGAAAUACACUGGGUAGUGUACUUUUAGCCGUACAGUGCAUUCGGAAAGUAUUCAGACCUCUUGACUUUUUCCACAUGUUGUAGUCUAAUCACAAUACCCCAUAAUGACAAAUCGAAAAUAGGUUUUUAUAAUACAGAAAUACCUUAUUUACAUAAGUAUUCAGAACCUUUGCUAUGAGAGUCUAAAUUAAGCUCAGGUGCAUCCUGUUUCCAUUGAUCGUCCUUGAGAUGUUUCUACAACUUGAUUGGAGUCCACCUGUCUAAUGUCCCACAGUUGACAGUGCAUGUCAAAGCAAAACCCAUGCCACGAGGUCGAAGGAAUUGUCCGUAGAGCUCCAAGACAGGAUUUUGUCGAGGCACAGAUCUGGGGAAGGGUACCAAAAAUGUCUGCAGCAUUGAAGGUACCCAAGAACACAGUGGCCUCCAUGAUUCUUAAAUGGAAUAAGUUUGGAACCACCAAGACUCUUCCUAGAGCUGGCCACCCGGCCAACUUAGCAUUCGGGGGAGAAGGGCCUUGGUCAGGGAGGUGACCAAGAACCCGAUGGUCACUCUGACAGAGCUCUAGAGUUCCUCUGUGGAGAUCGUUGUCCUUCUAGAAGGUUCUCCCAUCUCUGCAGCACUCCACCAAUCAGGCCUUUAUGGUAGAAUGGCAUGAUGGAAGCCACUCCUCAGUAAAUGAUAGGCACAUGAUAGCCCGCUUGGAGUUUGCCAAAAGGCACCUAAAGACUCUCAGACCAGGAGAAACAAGAUUCUCUGGUCUGAUGAAACAAAGAUUGAACUCUUUGGCCUGAAUGCCAAGCGUCACGUCUGGAGGAAACCUGGCACCAUCCCUACGGUGUAGCAUGGUGCUGGCAGCAUCAUGUUUUACAGCGGCAGGGACUGGGAGACUAGUCAGUAUCAAGGCAAAGAUGAUCCGAGCAAAGUACAGAAAGAUCCUCGAUGAAAACCUGCUCCAGAGCGCUCAGGAUCUCCGACUGGGGCGACGGUUCACCUUCCAACAGGACAACGACCCUUAGCACACAGUCAAGACAACGCAGGAGUGGCUUCAGAACAAGUCUCUGAAUGUCCUUGAGUGUUCCAGCCAGAGCCCGGACUUGAACCCGAUCGAGCAUCUCUGGAAGACCUGAAAAUAGCUGUGCAGCAACGCUCCCCAUCCAACCUGACAGCUUCAGAGGAUCUGCAGAGAAGAAUGGAGAAACUCCCCAAAUACAGGUGUGCCAAGCUUGUAGCAUCAUACCUAAGAAGACUCGAUGCUGUAAUCGCUGCCAAAGUUGCUUCAACAUAGUACUGAGUAAAGGGUCUAAAACAUAUAGGGGCGGCAGGGUAGCCUAGUGGUUAGAGCGUUGGACUAGUAACCGAAAGUUUGGAAGUUUAAAUCCCCGAGCUGUCAAGGUACAAAUCUGUCGUUCUGCCCCUGAACAGGCAGUUAACUCACUGUUCCUAGGCCGUCAUUGAAAAUAAGAAUUUGUUCUUAAUUGACUUGCCUAGUUAAAUUACAUUAUACACUGCUCAAAAAAAUAAAGGGAACACUUAAACAACAGAAUGUAACUCCAAGUCAAUCACACUUCUGUGAAAUCAAACUGUCCACUUAGGAAGCAACACUGAUUGACAAUAAAUUGCACAUGCUGUUGU